ACUUGCUGAAACGUGUCGCAUAUGGUGCAGCAUUAGGCGCUGCACGUGUUUUUAUCGUAGUAUCGGAUAUUAUUGCCGUUUGUUAAGAAAUAAAACAGGAAAUAGCGUAUUACUAAUAAUUGUUUAAGUAUACAGAGGUUCCAGAUUUUGUGAGAUAUAAGCUCCAAUAAAUAGCACUAUGCCGCCAAAAAGGGGAAUGGAGGAGACAGAUCGCUUAACAAGAAUUGCGAUAGUUAAUUCUGAUAAAUGCAAACCGAAACGUUGUAGACAAGAAUGCAAGCGUUCUUGUCCUGUGGUACGAAUGGGAAAGCUCUGUAUCGAAGUGACACCUAAUACUAAAAUAGCUUCAAUUUCCGAAGAAUUAUGCAUAGGAUGUGGUAUUUGUGUAAAAAAAUGUCCAUUUGAAGCUAUAUCAAUUAUAAAUCUUCCAAGUAAUUUGGAAAAGGAAACAACUCAUCGGUAUUCCAAAAAUUCUUUUAAGUUACACAGACUUCCAAUACCUCGACCUGGUGAAGUUCUUGGUUUAGUUGGUACGAAUGGAAUUGGAAAAUCUACAGCUCUUAAAAUUUUGGCUGGAAAGCAAAAGCCAAAUUUAGGCCAAUUUACUAAUCCACCUGAUUGGACAGAAAUUUUAAGCCACUUCAGGGGCAGCGAAUUACAAAAUUAUUUCACGAAAAUUCUAGAAGAUGAUUUAAAAGCUCUUAUAAAACCACAAUAUGUCGAUCAAAUUCCGAAAGCUGUUAGAGGAACUGUUCAACAAUUGCUGGACAAGAAAGAUGAAUCGAAAAAUCAAAUAGAAAUUUGCAGAAUGCUCGAUUUAUUGCACAUACUAGAUAGAAGAAUUGAAGCAUUGUCUGGAGGGGAAUUGCAAAGAUUUGCCUGCGCUAUGGUGUGCAUUCAAAAUGGAGAUAUUUUCAUGUUUGAUGAGCCGUCUUCAUAUUUGGAUGUGAAACAGCGAUUGAAUGCUGCUGUAACAAUCAGGUCUCUCAUACAUCCAGACAAAUUCAUCAUUGUAGUCGAGCACGAUUUAUCAGUUCUGGACUACUUGUCAGAUUUUAUAUGCUGCUUAUAUGGAGUUCCUGGAGCUUAUGGUGUCGUGACAAUGCCCUUUUCUGUUCGGGAAGGUAUUAAUAUUUUCCUGGACGGAUUUGUUCCAACUGAAAAUCUACGAUUUAGAGAAGAAUCUCUUGUUUUUAAAGUAGCAGAGAGUGCUACAGAAGAAGAAGUGAAACGCAUGAAUCAUUAUGAAUAUCCAGCAAUGAGCAAGACAAUGGAGUCUUUUACUUUAAAUGUGGAAAAGGGUCAGUUUACUGACUCUGAGAUCAUUGUUUUAUUAGGUGAAAACGGCACAGGCAAAACUACAUUUAUUAGAAUGCUUGCCGGAAACUUACCACCAGAUGAUGGAUCGGAUAGUAUUCCUCAACUCCAUAUUAGCUAUAAACCUCAAAAGAUCAGCCCAAAGUCACAAGGGAUUGUAAGACAGCUAUUACACGACAAAAUCAGGGAAGCCUAUCUGCAUCCUCAAUUUGGAACAGAUGUUAUGAAACCAUUAAGAAUUGACGAUAUUAUGGAUCAAGAAGUUCAAAAUCUUUCGGGAGGAGAACUGCAACGUGUUGCUAUGGCUCUUUGUCUCGGCAAACCAGCUGAUGUUUACUUAAUUGAUGAGCCAUCUGCUUAUUUAGAUUCGGAGCAGCGGUUAGUUGCUGCGAAAGUAAUUAAAAGGUUCAUUCUACAUUCAAAGAAAACUGGAUUUGUCGUAGAGCAUGACUUUAUUAUGGCCACUUAUCUGGCCGAUCGAGUAAUUGUUUUCUCUGGAACUCCAUCUUUGAUGACAACUGCUCAUAGCCCACAGUCAUUAUUAAAUGGCAUGAAUAGAUUUCUGGAACUUUUGGGAAUCACUUUUCGAAGAGACCCAAACAAUUUUAGACCACGCAUUAACAAGAAUCAAUCAGUAAAGGAUCUGGACCAGAAGAGGGCAGGGCAGUAUUUCUUUUUGGAAGAAUGAUAACAUGGUGUGCAUAAUGGGGAUGUUCCUGGUCGAAUUGAUGCAGUCACUUUUCAUUUCAAUAACGAAAAGAGUAAUUACGAAAAAAAUGAAUAAAAAAGAGCGCAAAAA